UGUACUGGGCAUGCGCUUCAGCUAAUGGAACUUUUAAGGAUAAAUACAAUUAUACUCGACGGACUUAAAAUCGAGUCUAUUUUAUAUGAAACAAGGAAAAAUGAUAAUAAUUUGACAAACAAUCUAGUGUAGCAAUAAAGUGAAUUGUAUCCUGUAAUUGAGUCAACAUUUGACCAAAAACACGUUAUUGUGAAGGAGAGAAAACUGAAUACGUACAUACCAUACCUAUACAUAUUAAAAUGAAUAACUACACAAGGAAAUAUUGGCUAUUUUCUCUUUUCUUCCUUGCAUUUGCCAUAUCUUAUAUUGAUGGCUCAUUCAUAAUGCCAGAAAAUGACCCUCCCACAACAGCACCCAAAUUCUUAUCCAGGGGUCACCUGUACAAGGUCAUUGUCGGGGAGACCAUCGAGUUACCCUGCAAAGUGCAAAACCUUGGAUCAUUUGUGCUCUUGUGGCGUAAAGGUUCUUCUGUGCUCACAGCUGGACAUUUGAAAAUAACCAGGGAUCAGCGCUUCAAAAUCGUUGGAGACUAUAAUCUGCAGAUAAAUGGAGUCAAGACCCAGGAUGCUGGAGAUUACAUAUGCCAGCUUGGGGAUCAAGAAAACAGAGAUCAAGUUCAUACAGUAGAGAUUUUGGUCCCUCCAACACUUCGAGCACUUCCACAUAAUGGCCAAGUGACUGCCCGAAAGGGAAGUACUGUCACCUUGGAGUGCAAGGCCUCUGGUAAUCCGGUCCCAACCAUUUUCUGGUUCAAAAAGGAUGUUUUCUCUGGACCUACUCACUUGUCUGAUAGCUCCACAUUAAUAUUGGAAAAUGUGGAUAGGCACCAUGCUGGCACAUAUCAAUGCUCAGCCGAUAACGGAGUCAAGGAUCGAGUCUCCAUGGACAUACAGCUAACCAUACUUUCUCCUCCAGAAAUUACUGUCGAAAAGUCUUGGGUCCAUGCGGCCGAGGGAUACGAUGUGGAACUCGUUUGUAUUGUUCAUGGCGAUGUCAACUCAGAGAUGCUUUGGUAUCAAAACUCUUUCCUUUUGGAUCCAACUGAUCGCCGCUCCAUGUAUCCACGAGAUGACAGAUAUAGUCUCAUUAUUAGGAAUUUCCAGCCAACCGAUUUUGGAAAUUAUAGCUGCGUGGCAGAUAAUGCGUUGGGAAGGACAAAGAAAUAUAUUGAAGUUUCUGGCCGACCAGGUCCAGCUGAUUUCAUUUCACCGGCUUUGAGUGGAUUCCUGGAUCAUUAUAAUUUAACAUGGACCAUUGAGUCUAUACCUCCUUUGGACGAGAUUAAGCUUCUUUACAGACGUCUUUUGAUGAACGAAACUUACCAGCAUCCAGGCAAAUGGCAUGAAUACCACAUUAAACCCACGCCCAUUAGAACCGAUGGAUCCCACUUCCAAAUGUCCUAUCUGGUCAAAAACUUGGAACACAAUGCAGUUUAUGAAGCUAUUGUUCAGGCCAAAAACAAAUAUGGCUGGAACGAGAUCAGCGACAUUCACCAGUUUUACACGCGAAAUCAUGAUCUCCUUCUCGAUAUCGACAUGGAAUAUAAAAUGGGAAUCUCGAGCAAUAUUAGAAUAUCUCCAACAUUAUUUGGAACUAUUUUGUGUGCUUUUAUGUUGAUACUCUAUCCCAUCAUUAGUGUUUAAGAAGUAAUAUGUAGGUUUUAUUUGCAAGAAUAUAAUUUAAAUGGUGCCUUACUAAAACUUUAGCAAAUAAUUACAUUUACGUGUAUGUACAUUAAGACAUCGUAUUUAAUAUAUUAAAAUCUCAAUAGAAUAUUUUUCUCAAUAGAAUAUUUAUGAAUAAAAUUGAUGUACUUCCGCAAUGGUUCCAGAGAUCCAUGUAGAACAUUUAUGUUUCAACUAUUUUAUUAUUUUGUAUUGAUUUAAAAAAUUUUUUCUAAUAAUUUCAAUAGUUAACUGUAAUUUUCUUUUUAGGAUCUAUCCUAUCUAUCUAUGAACUGUUAGAAGAAAAAUAGAUUUGUUAAAUACUUUUUUUCGUUGUAAUUUUUAUUUUUUGAAAAAAAAAUAUGCUAAUCCAUCUAGAUUAAGAGAGUUUUAAAGUUGGGAAAAAAGAUGACCUGAAAACAUAGGAUCAUUUCCCGAAAUCCCGAUCCACGAACUGAGUGCCGGAUUAUAUCAUAAUUAAAUUCAAAACAAAUCAGAUAAAUCAGCGUAAAACAUGCUGAUACUGAUCGGAAGCAGAGUCUUACCACAAAGACUACGAAAUUGGAUCAUUGGAAUAAGAAAUAUCUAUCUGAAUGGGCUAGAACGCCAUUGAAAUAAAAAAAAAACAAAAUUCGUAAAUUUGCACAAAACUAAUAUGUAUAUAAGCACUAGUAUUUUCAAUACAUCAUCAAAUUGUCAUAAAAUAUAAACAAUUACCACGUUUAUACGAUGCAUAUCCCCAUAACGAUAAUUAUUUUCUUUACCGUAUGAUAGUUUUCUGUGUUGUGAAUUUAACAUUUAUUGUUACAUAAAAUCAUGCUUACAUGAAGAGAAUUAUUUUUUAAAAUAAUUUGUUAUGAUGUGGUUAUUUUGACAUAUCGCUAAAUAAUAUAAAAACAUACUUAUAUCAUCAAUCGUAUAAGCGUAGUAAAUGUUGAAAAACUAAACACAUUGCUUUAAUAAAAUUUAGAAAUUAAAAAUAUAUGAUAAUCAAAUUCUCAACAGUUGCACCGUAGAUACUCUUUCAUAAUUCUCGACCGAUUUGCGACACUAUUUUUCGCGACACUCGAAUUAUACCAAUCAGUAUUUUGAGAACAUCAACCUGUUCAUAUUUCAAAUGUUUUUUAUUUUUAGUUUGGCUUUUAGCAAUGAUUUUCUCUUUCUUAUUGAGGUGUAAAUGUAGUUUGAACAUAAAUAAAUAAAACAAUUGAUCGACAUUGCAAUUGGUAGAUGGAAAAGGAUAGAAAUUUCAUAGGAUACCUUAAAAAUAUAUACAGUAUACAGUACAUACCCUCCUGUAAUCAUAAAAUACAUAAAAACAUAUUGCGAACAUCGUUCAACGAUUGUAGAUACGUUUCCAUGUUAGGUAAUCAAAACGUCAGAAAAACACAAGAGUAUUAGCCACUUGAAUAAAUAAUUAGAAUUCUAAAUAAUUAAGCCAGUAGAAUAGAGAGUCUGGAUUCUUUUGACCACAAGAUUUAAAUUUCUUUUAUUUCAUGUACAUACGCACAUGCAAAAUCAUAAUAUCAUGAAAUAUUAUUUCACUGUCUGAGAUUAUUGUUUGACUUAAAAUUAUAUAAAAUUUCGUAUAAGGAGAAUACCUUUAGAUACAUAAUCAAAUAACAACAUAUUAAUAGAAUUAAAGCAAAAUAUUAAACCAAAAAUACUGUAUAAUACAAAUUUAAUCUUUUAAAACGGGAAGAUGAAACUUAGUCAUAAAAUAUAACAUUCUUUUGUAAGUUUAUACAUAUGUACGUCUCAAAACAUAUGUGUAUUAAUGUGUGCGCAAACAUCCGUAAAAGAUUAAUCGUAAUAUGAACAUAAUAUUUAAAAAUGACCGAAAUAAAAGUAUCUUUUAUUUUAAUUGUAAGUGUUCUUAGACCUAAGAUAUAGAAAAUAUUUCAAUAGUGUUAUAAUUUCGGUAAAAGAAAGAUACUUUACUGUAAGCGUGUAAGAUCUACCUACUAAUAAUGAAUGGCAUUAUACAUAACAAACUUACAAAGCACGAAUAAAUCAUUUUAAUAGUAGAUUAA